AUGUGUAACCUGUCAAAGGAGAUGAUGAAGUUGGGACUGAUGAGUGAGAUGGUGGGAGAGUGGGUAGAAUCGGUUCUGGAUCAGCCCAAGGAGAUGGAAGAGAUGGCACAUGCUGAGGUAGACAAGGUCCCCUUUGAGCUGACUAACGGUGCAAUGGGCAAGGCGCCAGACUCCGUGACGGGCACCCUGUCCACUGGCACUCAACGGACCACCAACUUCGCCAAUGCCAACCUGCAUGACCAUGUCCACGUCCCUCCUCCACGCCGUCAUCGUCGUGUUAGCCGUGGAGGUGGUAAUGUGUUAGCUAAACCCCAUCUCUCCUCUGUCAAGCAGACUGCAUUGGGCAUCGGCAUGGAAUGCGAGAUGUCGUUCAUUGAGGAUAGCGGCACAACAUCUGCUGCCUCGGUGUAUGGGCGUGUGGAGGCCUGCAUGGUGAGGAGUGAGCGAGUGAGGGUGUCGCGAUGGCCGAGUGGUUAA